AUGUCAGAUUUCCUCGCUUCAUCGACUGGCUCCCUAGUGACCGCUUCAUUCCAAACACACGGGUUCCUGCCUCCCGAACCACCAUGCAAGCAACUGUCUGACCCGAAAUAUCAACCUUGGGAAAGACUGAUCGCUCAGUUACCGGCCUUGAUCGAAUCGGCAGAGAUCCAAGUUCAAGUCGAAGAACUUCCAAUCAUAUGUACGAAGGGGUUACGCGGCAAAGCAGAGUGGAGACGCGCGUAUGUCAUCUUGAGUUUUCUAGCCCAUGGCUACAUAUGGGCUUCGAAUCCACCGGCGGAGGUCUUGCCUCCAACCAUAACUCUUCCACUACUCGCAACAUCAGACUACCUGGAAGUGCCUCCAGUUGCCACUUACGCUGCCUUGACUUUGUGGAACUGCAAAAGUAGUGAGCCCGACAAGAUACAGCUCGAGAGCUUUACAGUGGAGCAUACGUUCACCGGCACGGACGAUGAAGCCUGGUUCUAUCUGGUAUCAGUAGCCAUGGAAGCACAAGGGGGGCGUAUCAUCACUGUUGCUACCUCUUGUCUUUCGCACAUGCAUAAAAAGGACUACGCGGCUGCGAUAGAGUUCUUGCACAGUCUUGCGCUCCAAGUCGACAAGCUCAGCGACAUUUUAGGCAAGAUACAAGAGAAGUGUAACCCUGAUGUGUUUUUCCACAAACUUCGGCCUUUCCUCCAGGGUGGUCAGGGAUCGGCAGGGUUGCCAAAAGGCAUUUUCUACGACGAGGGCCAUGGGAAAGGAGCCUGGACUCAGUUCAAAGGUGGAAGCAACGGGCAAAGUUCUCUCUUUCAGUUCCUUGACAUGGUCCUGGGAGUGCAACACGGCCCAGUACGAACCAAAUCCGGCGACUACUCUCAUAAGGAGCCAUCCAAAUGCUUCUUUCGCGAAAUGCGAGAGUACAUGCCUGGGCCGCAUCGCCGAUUUCUCAGCCUAUUUGCCGACCAUCUCAGUCUCCGCGACCUCAUCGCCUUGUCCGAAGGAGAUGAAAACCACCAAGGGCUAUGGGAAGCAUAUAAACGAACCACGAGAAGCUUGACUAGACUAAGGGACAAGCAUUUGGGUGUUGCGGCUCGUUACAUCAUUCAGCCAUCCAAGCAGGCUCUGAAACAUACAAAUAGAGCGGAGGAACUCCGUGGUACAGGGGCUACGCUACUGGUUCCUUUUCUGAAACAGACCAGGAAUGAGACAAGCCAGGCAGGGAUGAGUAAACCGAAAAUUUCGAAAUAG